UACCCCGACCCCCCUUCCUCGCUUUCUCUCCCUCCCUCCGCCUCCCCUCUCUCUCUCCUCCCGGAGGAGCACAAUCGCCGCCGCGAUGGAGCCGCCGCCCCCGCCACUCGCCGCCGCCGCCGCCGCCUCCGCCCCGGCCCCGUCCGCCGCCGCCGCGGUGCCGCCCCCGGCCCACCACAGCUACCCCGACUCGGUGGACUCGUCCCCGCGCUCACGCGCCGCCACCGACUCCUGGGAUGGCCCCGCCGGCGCGGCGGCGGACCCGCUCCCGCCGAAGCUCCGGCUGAUGUGCAGCUACGGCGGCCACAUCGUGCCGCGGCCCCACGACAAGUCGCUUUGCUACGUCGGCGGCGACACGCGGAUCGUCGUCGUCGACCGGCACGCGACCUCCCUCUCCGCCCUCUCCGGCCACCUCUCGAAGUCGCUGCUCAACGGCCGGGCCUUCACGCUCAAGUACCAGCUCCCCAGCGAGGACCUCGACUCCCUCAUCACCGUCUCCACAGACGAGGACCUGGAGAACAUGAUCGAGGAGUACGACCGCACCAUGCUCAACUCCUCCGGCGGCGGCGGCGGCGGCGGUGCGAAGCCCCCCCGGCUGAGGCUCUUCCUCUUCCCUUCGAAGCCCGAUUCCUCGCAGUCGAUCGGCCCGAUCCUCGAGUCCUCCACCAAAUCGGACGAUUGGUUCCUCAACGCCCUCAACAGCGCCGGCCUCCUCGGCCGGGGGUUCUCCGACUCGGGCGCGGUCAAUUGCCUCUUGAACUUGGACGAUGAAGUGGGGAUUGGUAACGUCGAGACCGGCUCUCGCGAUGCCGAUAAUUCGUCUUCGCUCGGGCACGAGAAGAGCGUGAAGCAGGCGCAGGACGUGCACUCCGUGCCCGAUUCGCCGAUGCUGGAGACGACGUCGUCCUUCGGAUCGACUUCGUCCUCGCCGUCGAUCGCCAACUUGCCUUCAAUCCGCGUUCAGGUGGAGGAAAAUGUCAUCGGUGGUGGUAUUGGUGGUGGUGGUGGUGGCGGUGGUGGUGGGGGAGGGGUUAGGGUUAUGCUGGAUCAGAAAUUGGGGAUCGAGGAACAGUUUGCUCAGAUGGUUAUGGGCACUGGUGUCGUGUCGAAGCCAGAGGAUGGCUUUGCCAUGAUGUCCUCGCCACCCACAGUGCCGCCGGCGGCGGUGACCGGCGUUCCUGUAGGCUCUGCGGCGGUUGCUCCUCCGGGGGAUUAUUCCAAUCGGGUGUACUCCGAUGAUGAGAGAUCGGACCACGGCGUUCCUUUAGGGUUUCGGAAAUUGCCUAUGCCUCAGCAGCAGCCUCAGCCUCCCCAGUCACAGCAAAAGCCCAGUGGAGUUCUUGAUUUGCCUUCCCCAGAUUCAGUUUCAAGUGAUGGUAGCUUGACAAACCCGCUAGCUCGCCCAAAACCUGUACUAUAUCAAGACCAAGCUGUACAAAUGUCCCUGGGGAUUAAUCGUGGUCCGACCAACACAAUAGAUCCAAACACUAAUAUCUCUGAGCAAAACAUUGGAGUCCAGCUACAACAGCAUAUUCAGGAUGCUAGGUAUGUACUGCAACCUCAGAUUGACCAACGACAACCACAGCAACAUCAACAACCACAGCAGCAGUAUGUGCAAGCUGCCCCACAGUUCAUUCAGCACCAUCCCCAAGGUUCAAUGCCCGUCGCAGGCUACUAUGUGUAUCCAUCCCAACAACAUCAGGUCCAGCAUCAUCAGCUUGAUCAGCACUACCAAGUGUACUAUAUGCCUGUGAACCAACCCCAAGCCUACAAUUUAUCAGCUCAACAAACCAAUCCAAAUGAGGCUGCUACAGCGAAUCCUUCUAACCGCCCCCAAGCAACUCCAAACUCUUCCGCGAUUCCUCAGUCAGCAGCUUAUACUAACCCCAUGCGAAACCCUUCUGGAAUGAAAACCGAAUUAGCUGCAGGUGUAUACAGAAUGGCUUCAGCAUCUGCUUCGCCUCUCGUUCAAGUACCUUCAGGUCAGCAUCAACAACAGUAUGUUGGUUAUUCGCAGGUUCAUCAUCCAUCUCAGUCUGUUGCUCCCUCUUCUGGUGCUCCAGCUAAUUAUGGUUAUGAAUUUGCGAAUCCAGCUGCUGGGCAGAUCUACUAUGCUCAGCACUUAGCUCCUUCAUUGCCUUCUCAGUACCAAACCAUGACCGCAGCGAAUGCUGUUGGGCUGCCUGAAGUUUCUGGUCAGCUUUCAGGUGACAGCAUGAAGCAGCAGAUGAGGACAUGACAGCCGUUAUAAGAAUCAGUUCAGAGAGAAGAAACAGUUUUGGAAGAAUGGGGUCGGUAUACCUUUUUAUUUUUGUUUUGAUAUUUUUUUUCUAGCGUCUGUCUGUCUCGUUACCGUGAUUGAUUUGUGGUAUGUAACUGUGAUGGGAAAAUAAGAACCUCAGCUUAAUACUUUUAUUUCGUGUGAAAAUAUUGCCGUCGGUCAAGAAAACAAAAGUGGUCUAAGUUAUCUGGAUGUAAAUGCUUGAACUAGCAGUCAUGCUGCUGCUUCUCUCGAUUCAGUUUUGAAUAUAAACUUCACAGUUGGCAAAUAA